UGGAAGCGCUGGUGACAACCGAAUUUCGUAUGGGUAACAUUGAUGGCGCGUUUGAAAUUAUAAAUAAAUUGCUGCGACAGCAUCCUAGAAGCGAAUUUUUCCGCAAAGUCAGAGCGCAAAUGGAAAAUGAAUUGGAGAAAUCUUCUGCGAACUCCAAGGACAAAGAACAAAAGAAAAAGCGAAGUGACAAAUCCGUUGAAGAAUCGAUGAUUGAGGAGGUUUGUCGAGAGACAGCAAAUAUUGCCCUCGCCAACAACAAUGUAAGCCACCAUAUUUUCAACAGUCGCACGCAACACUGCCGGCUCGUUGACGGUAAUCUCCCUGAGCUGCUGCUGCAACCAUUCCAAGUGGAGUUCUUAAGUCUGGAUCCGUACAUUGUUGUGCAUCAUAAUGUGCUGGAUACGCAGGAAAUCGACGAGUUGCAAGAAUUAAUAGAAGAAGAGUACUCUGACGAUGGUGAGGUUUUGUCAGAGUCGCUGGAAUUCACAAAAUUAGCACAGCGGAAGCUGAGAUCGUUAGCGAAACGUUUGCAAUUGGCUACUGGGCAUGCAAGCGCCGAUUUUGCAGAGUGGUUAGUGGAACAUUUCACAUUUGAAGAUGUGGUGCAUGCAGAACCAUUGGUGCCUGCAUCAACGCAAACUAUGGCGAAUGUGCUGUUCAAUCUGCAAACACCCAAGCUGGGUGGCGCUAUUGUCUUUCCGCAAUUGGAAAUGGGUAUAUCGCUGCCAGCGAAUGCGCUGCUGUAUUGGACGCAACUGGACGAGUACUAUGAAUACGAUUAUCGAAGCAAACAACAUGUCUGUCCGGUGAUAGCUGGCACACAACUCACGGUCUAUACCAGUAUUACAGCACGAAGCUAAUGGAAAGGAGAUCAGUUGAUAUAAAUCUAUUUAAUUAAGG